CAAAUUUUGUUGUUUAUAUAUGGAGUGUUUUUCUGUUUUUGUAUUAUUUUACCUGUACUAUACUCUAUGGUUGUUGUUUGGCGUAUUUUUGUGGCAAUUUAAGUAAUAAAAUGAAUUUAAGAAGCUUGUCACACAUAUAUAUUUAUAAUUAUUAAAAAUAGGCCUGUGAAAAAUGAGGGUUAAAAAGAGAUCAAGAGAGAUGAUCACCAGACUAAAACGUAGGAAAAGAAGACUGGAACGUGGGAAACAAAUACUAGAAAGCUUAAUAAAUGAACUACGUGAAAAGGUCAACAAUAAAAAUAUGCAAGAGACAAGCUUGUAUGAACUGGUGAAAGAUGCCUAGAUUAAAAAGGAGAUCGAUAGACAUGGUCAACGCCCUUCAACGUAGGAAAAGAAGACUGGAACGUGGGAAAACAAUACUAGAAAGCUUAAUAAAUGAACUACGUGAUAAGGCCAACAAUAAAAAUAUCCAAGAGACAAGCUUAUCUGAUCGCAGUCCAGGCAUUUCUGAUUCUGAAAGCUCCGAGAGUAUGGGCUUUGAAGUAGCAUAUGACCCAGAAGAAAACAUAAAAAUUGUUCAAGCCAUAAAAAACUAUCCUGUCAUUUAUGAUCUAAAACAAUAUCCUCCAAUUGAAUUUAAAAGAGCAUCUGAUGCAGCGUGGACACUUGUAGCUCAAGAAUUGCGCAUAUCAGAGGGCAGUGUAAGGCAGAGGUGGACAAAUAUUCGAGGAUGUUUCAAACGGUACUUGAAAAAUAAAGCAAUGGGAAAAAAUACAAAGGAUUAUUAUCUUGCCGACUAUUUAGAAUUUAUUAUCCCUUUCACCAAAAUUAAUUUGGAGAGGCAAUCUCAAAAGCUCAGCAACUACUUUCAUGAAAAUGAUCCCUUGAGUGAUAACACAAGCUUAAGCGAUAUCAAGGAAGAGACUGAGGUUAAAGAAGAGAUCGAGGUUAGUCUUGUUGAUUCUGACGGGGAAGAAGAAAAGUAUGUAAUAUCCACCUCUAACACUCCCAAUGGGGUUACGGUCCCUGAGCCGGGCAGCAAUCCAGAUUGGGACUUCUUAUCUAGUUUGUUGCCCGAUGUUCGCAAGAUGACUCCCAAACAGAAAGACAAGUUUAGAAAUGCUAUGUUAAAUGCAAUCGAUGUAGCCUUGUAUGGAGAGGACAUAGAAUGCUGAACAUUUUGAGUUUCUUGUAUAUAUAUAUGUAAAAAUAAAAGUUUGUAUGUUUUUUA